CUACUCUCUCUAUUGUUUUAGUGUUAGCAAACCCCCGGACUACCACUGCCGCAAUGUUGAAAACGGAACAGGAAGCGUUAGUUAACCACGGGGGCCUGAAGGGGAUCAUAAUGUGUCGAUAUCGCGCCAAAUGUGCUCUAAUCUUCCUCCUCCUCGCAACCUCUGGUCUCAUGUUCCUGCUGCGCAACAUUCUCACUCUGGUUAGUCUGGGCUGGCAGAACAGCAACCGCGCAGCCUUCGCCCAGAUGAGGCCCGCCCCUCCGUACCAAACCCACACCUUCUGCAGCCACCUGGGCCUGGAGCCCACCCCCGACGAAGCCCUGGAGGAUCGCCACCUCCUCAAAGCCAUCGCCUGGCCCAAGCUCCCCGCCCGCCCCGCCCCUGUGCCCCUUAACCAGACCAGCGACCCCGUGCACAGCCUGCUCACCGUCCUGCCCUCAAAGGGCCAGAAGGAGUGGCAUGUUGGGGACCAGCUGGAGGCCCUGGUCCACAUGCACGACUUCCAGGGCAGUCCCAAGCGCCACGGCGGGGACUUCCUGGUGGCCCGGCUGCACUCCCCGGUGAUGGGGGCCGGGGUGGCGGGCAAGGUUGUGGAUCACCUCAACGGCUCCUACUCGGCACUGUUCCCCCUGCUGUGGGGGGGUCCGGCCCAGGUGCAGAUCACCAUGGUGCACUCCAGCGAGGCUGUGGCCGUGCUGCAGCGGCUCCGCGAGGAGCGGCCCAACCGGGUCUUCUUCAAGAGUCUGUUCCGCUCGGGCGAGCUGCCACCCAACUACCCGCAGCAAACCAUGUGCAACUACACAAACCUCCACACGGGGGAGCCCUGGUACUGCUUGAAGCCUGAGCUGCUGAGCUGUGACACCAGGAUCAACCACGCCAUGGGGGGCUACGAGAAUCCCCUCUUCACCAACCAAGAAGCGCUGCUAUUUCAGAGCCGUAUAAACAUCAAAGUUAUCAUCCCUACGUCAGGACCAGAUCUUAUGGAGGAGUUAGAAAGCAGCACCAUCAAAGCAGAGCCGGACAAGUGCACCCCUUCUGGCUAUUACUACCAAGGCACUUGGAGGCCCCUCUGUGGAACUUCUGUUCGCCAGUUUAACGACUCCUCGUCCAUCACGCAGUGCCUUACUGGCAAGGUGAUCCAUAUGUACGGAGACUCCACGAUGAGGCAGUGGUUUGAGUACCUCAGCGCUUUCAUACCAGAUUUCAACCUGCACCGUUCAAAGAACGUGGGCCCCUUGAUGGCGUUGGACUUUAAAAACAACAUCCUGAUGAACUACCGCUGCCACGGUCCGCCCAUCAGAAUCCUCCCUGUCAGCACCAGCGAGCUACGCUACGUCGCCGAUGAGCUGGACGGCCUGGCCGGAGGCCCCGACACCGUGGUGGUCUUCAGCAUCUGGGCCCACUUCACAUCUUUCCCCAUUGAGGUCUACAUUCGCUGCAUGCGGCACAUCCGCCAGGCGCUAGUACGGCUCCUGGACCGGGGCCCCGGAACCCUCGUGAUAAUCCGCUCGGCCAACUUUGUGGCCAUGGACCAGACGACAAGCAAGCACAGCAGCGACUGGUACUCGCUGCAGAUCGACACGGUUCUCAGGACCAUGUUCAAGGGCCUGGGUGUUGUGUUUGUGGAUGCCUGGGAGAUGACCUUAGCCCAUAAUAGCCCCCACAACAUCCACCCGCCCCCGCAGAUAAUCAAGAACAUGGUGAAUCUCAUCCUGUCUCAUGUGUGCCCUGACAAGAAGAAGAGCGAAUGGAAAACAAAGAAGGGGGGGGGGAGAAGUUGAUUCAGAUUCAUGUGAUUGGGGAGCAGGUUGGCGUUAAGCACCUUGCUAAAGGAUGCCUGGAGGUAGUCUCAGGACUUUGGAGAUCGAACCCAGUAUCUAUCGACACCCUAGCCAUUACGGUUUGGCCCCCCAGCUGACAAACUGAUUGU